AUGGAUGCCCUGCCCCUGCUCAUCUGUUUCUCAGCUGCUGUGCUGAUGGCCUGCCAUGGAUUCAGCAUAGAUACAGAACGUCCGAUUGUCUUCCAGGAAGCAGCAGAAGGUUUUGGGCAAACUGUAGUGCAGUUUGGAAGAGGAGCUGAUGGAGGGUUGCUUGUUGGUGCCCCACUCCAGAGAGGGAAUGUGAAUGAAAUGGGUAAAAUCUAUAAAUGUCAGCAGAUGCCAAGUAAGUUGGGCAGUUGCCAAGAAGUCCCUGUACAACAUCCCAGCGAUGCUGUGAACAUGUCACUUGGUUUGUCCCUGUCUGCCUGGGAAUCCAGGGUUUUGGCCUGUGGUCCCACUGUGCAUCAGACCUGUGGGCAAAACACGUAUCUCAAAAGCUAUUGCUUUCUCCUGGACCAGAACCUGAGGGAGACCCAGCACUUCCCCAACACUCUGCCAGAAUGUGCAAAACAAGCCAACGACAUCGCUCUUCUGAUAGAUGGCUCGGGAAGCAUUCAACCUGAGGACUUCAGACAGAUGAAGACAUUCAUUUCUGAAAUCAUGAAACGCUUCCUCAGCUCCAACACACAGUUUGCCUUGGCCCAGUAUUCAAACCACUAUCAGGAGCACUUCACCUUCGGCGAGUUCCAGAACAACCGAAAUCCUGAUGCUCUUGUUAGACAUGUUGCACAGCUGUCCGGAGGAACUUACACAGCUACCUAUAUCCAGAAGGUGGUGCGGGAGGUCUUUCAGCCACACAAAGGAUCCCGCCCAGGAGCUACCAAGAUUUUGAUUGUGAUAACAGAUGGACAAAAAACAGAUAACCUGCAAUACAGCAACGUGAUACCAGAGGCUGAGAGAGCGGGCAUAAUCCGCUAUGCAAUUGGGGUUGGAAGCGCAUUCAGUGUGGGUGCUGCCAGGCAAGAGCUCAACGACAUUGCCUCCAGGCCCAGCUCAGAGCACGUCUUCCCAGUCAGCAACUUUAACGCCCUCAAGGACAUCGAGAACAAACUUCAGGAUAAAAUUUUCGCCAUCGAAGGUACAAUGUUCCAAAGCAGUAGUUCCUUUCAGCUGGAGAUGUCCCAGGAAGGACUCAGCGCCUUGGUGACCCCUGAUGGCUUUGUGUUGGGGGCCGUGGGAGCCUACGACUGGUCCGGAGGCCUUUUCCUAUAUGGCAGUGGUGCAGAUCCAGACUUUAUCAAUGUGACCAGCUCCACUGAGGACAUGAAUGAUGCUUAUCUUGGUUAUUCAGUGCAGAUGGUCCAGCUGAGCAGAGGGCGCAGCUACGUGGUGGGGGCCCCUCGUUAUAUGCAUGCCGGCCGGGUCAUCCUGUUCAGCCAAGAACACGGGCAGUGGCAGCGGAAGUCAGAACUUUCUUUGAAACAGACCCCCCAGAUUGGCUCUUAUUUUGGGGCUUCGCUGUGCUCUGUGGACCUGGACCACAACUCUGACACAGACCUGGUUCUCGUCGGCGCACCCAUGCAUUAUGAUGGUGUGUCAGGAGGGAAGGUCUACGUUUUCCAGAGGCAGGGGGAGACAUUUGUCAACACCCAGGAAUUGCAAGGGGAGCGCAAACACCCUUUAGGCCACUUUGGGGCCAGCAUAGCAGAAAUAGGUGAUGUAACUGGAGAUGGAUGGAUGGAUGUGGCAAUCGGAGCUCCCAUGGAGGAUGAGAAUCGAGGAGCCCUGUACAUCUUCCAGGGAAACUAUGGCUCCAUCAACCAGAAGUAUAGCCAACACAUCCAAGGAUCUCAGUUCCCCAACCAGCUUCACUACUUUGGCCAAGCUAUUGCCGCUGGGAGGGAUCUUACAGAAGAUGGACUCUUGGACAUCACAGCGGGGGCUCGUGGCCAAGUGCUGCUGCUAAGGUCUCGGCCUGUGCUCCAGGUCCUGCCCAGCAUCACCUUCUCCCCAUCUCUGAUCCCCCUCUCUGCUUUCGAGUGCCAUGGCCAGGAUCAGCUGAAUAAGGAGGUCAGCACAGCAACCGUCUGCCUCACCAUCCAGUCGAACUCUCCGUUUACACUAGCCAAUAGGAUUUCAAGCACUGUUUGGUACUCCUUGGUUUUGGAUCCUGGUCGGAUGAAAGUCCGGGCUGCUUUUGACAGUGGCUCCUCCACCAUCACCAAUACGAUGCAGAUGGGCUUGGCUCAGAAGUGCAUGAACUAUCGCAUAAAGCUGCCGGUCUGUAUAGAAGACAGCCUCACGCCCAUAAAGCUGCAGCUGACUUAUAACCUAACAGGAGACCCCAUUCCUUCUGCGGACAACCUGAGAGCCAUCCUGAAGGAAGAUUCACACCGUCUGUUUGCAGGAUUGCUGCCCUUUGAGAAGAACUGUGGCCAUGAUGGAAUCUGUAAAGAUGUCUUAAAAACCGCCUUUAAUUUCUCAGGCCUAAACACACUAGUGGUGGGUCAGGACCUGGAGCUCAAUGCCACUGUCUUCUUCCGGAACGACGGAGAAGAUUCUUACGGCUCCAACCUGACUUUUGUCUACCCUUCGGCACUCUCCUACCGAAGGUUCAAAAUACUGCAGGCUAAUAGGAAGAACGUGGGUAUUAAGUGCUUGUCUGCCCCUGCCUCAAGGGAGGAUUCUUUGAGGAACACCACCUGCUACAUCAACCACCCCAUCUUCCGAAGUGGAGCUGAGGUUGUCUUCGUUGUAGCUUUUUCCAUUGACCCUGAAGGAGUUCUGGGGAACGAGGUGCAGAUCAAUGCUACAGCUGGCAGUGAAAACAACAGCCCCGUCAGCCAGGACAUGUUUCACCAAGCAACACUGCCCGUUAAAUAUGCCAUAUAUGUUUCUGUCAAGAAUAUUGACGAUUCAACCAAGUACGUCAACUUUUCCAUGGGGGAGGAAAAUGGAAACCAGUCAAUUGAACAUCAUUAUGAGGUGAGGAAUUCAAUUCAGCGACCAGUUCCUGUCUCAGUGACAUUUGAGUUUCCUGUGCAGCUGAACGGGAUGUGGGUUUGGAAUGCAUCUGUGGACAUUGCCACUGAGCAUUUCCACCAGGCUCAAUGUGCCCUUGAAAAAAAGACUCCCGGGUCCAGUGAUUUUGUGAAUCAACUCCACAAACGAGCUGUUCUGGACUGUACUGUGGCCGCCUGUGAAAGAAUCCGUUGCAACAUCCUGUCUCUGGAGCAGGGGCGGCCGCUGGAGUUCAGGAUCAGGGGGGCUCUUGGCUUCCAGUGGCUGUCCCAGACCCAGCAGAAGAAAGUGACUGUGGAGAGCACAGCACAGAUUUUCUACGAUGACAAAAAGUACAGCCAGAAGGAGGGUUUUAUAAAGAGCCAGGUGAACACAGUGCUGGAAUACCUGGAGGUCUACAACUACCUGCCUGUCAUUAUUGGCAGCAGUGUGGGGGGGAUCAUCCUCCUGGCCCUGAUUGUGGCUGCUCUGUACAAGCUCGGGUUCUUCAAAAGACAGUACAAACAGAUGCUGGAUGAGGUAGGAGAGGGUGAUGCAAGGGCCGGACCUCUCCCAAGCACUGAAAUUGGCCCUGAAGCUGCCAAGGCAUAA